AAGUCCGCCUGGUUACAGCUAGAAAAUCAACGAGGUGAAUGUCCGCAGCCUGCAGAGCGCAUUAACGCGCAGAACCACAUUCAGUGCAAUGAGAGGUGAACAGGACAGGUUUGUGUUACGACGUUAUUCAUUUUAAUAUCAUCGCAGUAUUACUGGCUGUUGUAGGAAUGAAUGGAAGUGACAGCCAAAGGGAGAAAAUGGAUGGUUUGGAGGUUGAAGAUGAAAUAUGACUUUAUGACGACUACCAAAGGUGUGGGGCGAUGGAAGGAGAGAUGUGCUUCAGCAGUAAGGUGCCUUUCAUCGCAUCAUCUACUGAAGCCCCUGGUUGCCAGCCUCAGCCUGCUGGUUGUGGUGAUAUAUGGUCUGGCUGACAAACUCAGAAACUUUGUGGCUGCUAUUUUUAUCUCUCAGUACCACUUUCCAUAUGCUGUGGCCCUCAGCUUUGCUCAGGUUCUGGUGUCUCUCCUAUUCCUAAAUCUCCUGCAUGUCUUGGAUCUGGUGCGUCUGAGAAGUUAUUCCAGGUCCCUGGGCGAGAGGCUGCUGCCGCCUGCUAUCUGUAGCAGCAUUCAAACUGUGCUGACCAUGUGGGCAAAAGCCAGCAGUUCAUCUCCCAGCUUCUUCCUCCUCAUGGUGCCUCUGCUGCCCCUGAUAACUGCUGGCUUUAGUUUCGCAUUGAAGCUGGCAUCCCCACCAGCAAUCCACAUCACCGCUCUGAUUUCCAUCAUUAGUGUGACCUCUGUGAUCAUCACAGCAUCUAAGGAUCUCUUAAGUAUUGUGCCUCUGGAGUAUAUAUACGGACCUCUGUCUUUAAUCCUGCACAGUCUGUCUCUGACCGGGCUAGCUAAAGUGUCUGAGACCGAACACCGUCACCCUCCAGGUUCUCAAGCCUCUGUUUUUGACAUGUACUACACCCAGCUGGUGAACCAGAGCUGGGUGUUGGGCAUCCUGUGGUUGCUGCACCCGGAGAGUCCCUGGUACGUGUUGAGUCAGGGCAACUGGUGCAGCCUGCUCUUCCAUGGAUACCUGUUCGCUAUUCUUCUGCUGGGAAUGGUGCUGAGCUUUGUGGUCAGUAUACUGGCUCUCUGUGUCUCACCCCUCACUGCGGCACUGCUCUACUCAGUGAGGUACAUAGUAGAGGCUUUUUUUCAGCUUCUGUAAAGAACCUAAAGAUUUAAUAGGUUGUUUUGUACUGCACCAAUGCACUGAGUCUGACCAAAGUGUUAUUUCUGUAGAUAAUAGCUUCAUUGUGUUCCUAUUUCCCUUAUCAAUCGAUAAGCGCUUUGAGUGCUCAUACUGAGUAGAAAAGCGCUAUAUAAGAGCUAGUCCAUUUACCAUUUACCAUAUUCCCUCAGAUUACAAAGUUAUAAAAGAUAAAAUACAGAAUAUGAUGACACACUAAAGAUACACAGUUGGCAAUUGGGUGUGUCCAAAUAUCUAAUUAGUAAUGAUGUGUUUUUUUCCUAUUCUUUUAAUACCAGUUAUUAACAGAUAAUACAUAUACCCUAGAUAAUUGCCUCUUUCAGCAGAGUGAGCAACAGGAGUGUUUUUGCACUCUGUGCAAGGCUGUGGCUUAAUGGGAUGAAGCAGUUUCCAAGCCAGGUAUUUAUUAAUGAAACAGUUUAGCAUCAUGGGUUAAAUAUUACAAUUUUUCUUUCAGACCUUAAGCUGAAAUAUUAGGCAACUAUAUAUAAGCACACGAAACACUGUAAAUAUGAGUUGGAUCAAUUUUAUGACUUCAAUUUUUGGUAGAGUUCCUAUCAGCAGAGGAACGUUCCUGGAAGUUGUCCUCAUAUGACCCUGCCAGCUCUUGCAGAUGAAAAGGGAUGAAGACAGGGUGUUGGCACAAACUGCUAAAUUAUUUCAUGACAUGUUAAUUAUUUAAAUGUGCAUACUUAACUGAAUUAAUACUUAACCAGAGACUGAUACAAGCUGCCCUUGAAUGAAUCUGACUGUAAAGAGGCCAGAUGAGAAGGGGUUUGCAUGUGGAAAGAGCUGAAUGCUCACUCAGUUGGUGCUUUUUUGUUUUUAGUAUUUCAAGUUGUUAUUAGAAGCUAAUUGUUAUUAGAAGAAAAUGUUGCUAUGUAUUAAUUUAUAACAAACUUUGAAAAAUGUGAAUAAUGCUGACAAUCUCUACAAACUUAAUAAAAUGCAAGAGAAGUGGUGCCGAGCACAACAAACCCUGGCCCCCCAGAGGAUGUUUUAGCUUAAUGUUGUCCAUCUUACAAACACGUCACUCUCCAAACACCGAAUUAUCAAGAUAAUACACAGGUCGAAUUGUCCAUGCUCAUAAUUUUCCAAGGUUUACAAGUGGGGCAAUAAUAGGGGAAUUGAACCAACUGCUUGAUAGAGAAAAGUUGUGUCAUAUUCGCAUAUCCGGGUCAUAUCCCAGUCAAAUGAUACAUGAACACGGACAAUAGUGAUAUACAUCUUACUGCAACAAAUGAGGAUGUGUCUUUUUUCAGCUGAGACAGGGCCAGAAAUAUGUGUUACACUGAGUUUCCCCACAUUAAAUUCAUAUAUUCAAAUCCAGAAUUUUUAUCAGAUUCAGAUGAUGUUCGGUUUGGUACUAGUUCUUGGCCCUCCACAGCUGUGUACCGAAUAUCAGAAGAAUCCGAUUUUGAGGGAGAUGUGGUUUUUUUUUUUUUUAAUUUUGCCAUAUGUUAAAUGUAGAGUUUUUUUUUUUAACUUUACCCAAAUAAUGGCAAUAAUGUAAUCAGGUGAUCUAGAAAUCACUGGCCAUCUUUUGUGUCAAUUUGGCAUGAAUUGGACUGGUAGGUUUACUGUAAUACUGUUAACAAACAUACCAAAAACAAUACUCCAUUAUAAGACUGAAAAUGGCUUUAUU